AAUUUUGAUAUAGCUGCAGCCCUAUCAAACCAUUUUUCCAUAGCAAAAUUCAGGGAUUUUUUAACUUGGAAAGAGUAAUUCAAGACGGUGUUUGUCCUAUGAUCCUAUCCAUCAUGGAAGAUGUAUUGCCCUUGCCCCCCACUUGGGCUUGUUUGGUUCGUAUGGAAAAAAACUUACCAGAAACCAUUUUCACAAAAUGCCUCACCCCCUCUCCUUCUCUCAACCGCAUACCCUCUCUCUUGGCAUUCCCUCUGCAACUCUCAACCCUCUCUCUCUCUCUUUCCAACUCAAAGCUCACUUUAUCACACAAAGCCCUAACCUCUCUCUCUUUCUCCCUGCUAAUACUGAGCUUAACACACCACCCAAAUUCCCAAUAUCUCCAAACGGAUCCCUAACCUACCACAUAGACCUAAUUUUCCACAGCUACACCUCUUCUUUCUCUCUCUCUCUCUGCAUAAGGACACCUCUGAUUCAGAUCAAUGUGACCUUUCUCUCUCUAUAAUUGAACCCAAAGACCUUUCUAAGAGCAAGUUUUCAACACAAAACCUCUACAUUUUUUAGCUAAUGGACAUGCCCAUUGAUGCUGACAACAACUGCAAAUUUCUGAAGAGAUGCACCCAAUAAGGCAAAUUGAAAGAAGAAGCUCAUUAAAUGGAUCGAUCCCUUCCUCACUAGGCAAGUUGGGACAACUGCAACGUUUGGACCUCUCUAUGAAUAAUUUGCGAGGACAGAUUCCAGUGACAUUCAAGAAUCUUACCACAAUAGUUGAACUCAAUCUGUCUAACAAUCACUUGUCUGGAGAAUUUGUUGAGAAUCUGAAAUACCUUUGGAAUUUGGGACUCUUAGAUCUUUCGCGCAAUGAAUUGGAAGGAGAGGUUCCGGAUGACGGGAUAUUUAAGGUUUUUUCUGCAAAUGAUCUCCGACUCAAAGGAAAUAAAAACCUUUGUGGUGGUACAAGUAUUAUGAAGUUGCCUGCUUGCCCUAAGCCUAGCCAAACACAAGCUGCUCAUGGAAAGCACAGCCACAAAGCAAUGAAAAUAGCAAUCCUUGCCGUAAGUGUGUCAAUAUUAAUGAUUCUAUUAUGCACAACUUUAAUAAUGUUUCAGAGAAAGAGAUUGAGAAAUGGCAUCGCACCUAAUUCCCCACCCAGUGCACAGAUAAAGAGGGAAUACAUACAAAUUUCAUAUGCAGAGCUCUCAUAUGCUACUAAUGGUUUUAACAUGGACAAUCUGAUAGGUUUCGGUAGUUCUGGCUCAGUUUUCAAGGGAAUCCUCUAUGAUGGAGCCAUUGUUGCUAUUAAGGUUCUCCACUUAAAACGUCGAAGAGAUCUCAAGAGUUUUGUGGCAGAGUGUAGAGCUCUAAGUGGCAUUCGACACAGGAAUCUGGUAAAGCUAAUCACUUAUUGCUCGAAUCUCCAAGGUAAUGAGUUUAAAGCACUUAUAUUUGAAUUCAUGCCUAAUGGAAGCAUGGACAAGUGGCUUCAUCCACCUACUCAUUUGGUUAGUAAAAGUGGAAACCCCCAUUUCAACUUAAAUCUCUUACAAAGGUUGAGCAUCGCAAUAGAUGUGGCCUCUGCAAUGGAUUACUUGCAUCACGAUUGCCCAACUCCUAUAGUGCAUUGCGAUCUAAAGCCGAGUAACAUUCUUCUCGACGAGAACAUGAAGGGACAUGUGAGUGAUUUUGGAUUGGCAAGAAUUCUGUCUUCAACAAAUCUAUUGGAAUAUAAGAGCAGCACACUUGGGCUCAAAGGAUCCAUAGGACACAUACCUCCAGAGUAUGGUUUUGGUGUUAAAGCAUCGACUAAGGGAGAUGUUUACAGCUUCGGUAUUCUCUUGUUAGAGAUGUUCACAGGGAAGAGACCAACCAAUGACAUGUUUUUGGAUGGAUUGACUCUUCGUGAGUUUGUGAGAAACUCUUAUCCUGACCGAGUUAUGGAAGUUGCUGAUAAGAGGCUCUUGGAAGAAGGUGGAACAAACAGGGGAUGGGAAUGGAAAGAUGAGAUGCAAUCAAGCUUGGCGGCCAUUAUGGGCAUUGGAUUGUCAUGUUCGAUGGAGUCAGCUAAAGGUCGAAGCAACAUGAGAGACGUCUUGAAAAAUUUGCAGGAUACUAGAAACUCGAUAUUGAAUUUACAUUCAAGGAGAGAGAUGGAGGCACCUUGUGAUUUAUCUUCCAGCUCAGGCCCCACAGCUCUCAUCAGUCACCAUUGUUGAUAAAAUGUUUUUCAUUCCCCCCCUCCUCCACCUUUAAUCUCUCCCUCUCUCUCAGAGAAUCACAUGGUAAGUAUCCAUAUAGUAUACAUAUACACUUGUACCAGAGAGCUUUAUAGUGCUACUUAUCAAUCAAUCAAUGAGAGUAAAUUUUACGAUGUAAUAAAAGGAUUGUAUAGACCGUUAUUGCUUCUAGCAAUUAGAUAUCAUAUCGGAUGACUUGAGGUGAGUCA